AUGGAUUUGGACCCGGACCCCGGCCUCCCGCCCAUCGAAAUAUCCAUGGAUCCCUCGCUGCCUGAUCUCGUCAAGAGUACUUCCAUCUGGAAGAAACGCUUUCAGAAAAAGCCCCUCUCCGACGACCCGGCCGUUGCGUCCCUCGACGUCGAAUACAAUGAACUGGCCCAGGCCUGGAAGAAGUUUCUGCAGGAUCUGCCGCCCGGCGACUCGCCGGAUUUCCAGGGACGUGCUCAGUCAACCGACGAUGUCGUCGCCGUCGUCCGUUCAGCCCGGGCCCAUUGGUCCUCCUCCUCCUCCUCCUCCUCCUUCGCCUGCUGCAUCCCUCUCGCGGAUCAAUUCCUCGUCUCCCUCAACGCCCACGUCGUGCUGCUGGCCGCUCUGUUGGACAGCGAUCUCUACAUCUCUCUUUUCUGCGGGGUGCUGCAGUCGCUGAUCAAAGCGUCAUCGAAUUAUCCCUCGCCCGCCCAGACGCUUCUCAAAGCCCUGGUCGACGUCAAUGAAGCCGUCUCCGUACUGGUAAGGGACUGCCCUGGCUUCUCUGGCGGCGAUUGCCUCCCGUCCGUUGCGAGCCUGUACGCCCUGAUCUUCUUCUUCUUAGAAGCAUGCAUCGAUUGGUAUAUCAAAAUGUCCGUCUGUCGCCUGCUCACGAGCCACAAUCAAGACCUGUACGACGACAACCACGCCUUGAUCGACAAUAUCCAGAACACCGCGCGCGAUAUCGCUCGCCAGUUCGCCGACGGAAUGGACCUCGACCGCCAGGCCGAUGAGGCCGAAUCCUGCAAGCAAACCGCCCUGUCUCACUUGAAGCAGGCCCAGUGGAGAGAAGUCGGCUCGCAGGGGCCGGAGCGUCGAGUCGCAGCGCAGCUCACCUGGCUACGGCAAUUCAUCUGGGACAUCCAGCGGGACGCUUCGCGGCGGUCACAGUUGGAACAGGCACGGGAGACGCUGCUUCCGGACUUGUUCGCUUCGGUAAGCCGGCAACUUCGCGCGGUUGGCGGGCAGAGUGGCGGGGUCGUAUGGUUGAAGGCCAAGCCGGCCGUGCCACCGCUGGAGGAGCUUGGACUGCUCAAGGACAGCCUCGAGAUGCGGCAGGGCACCAGACGUAAACUCACCAAAGUCAGCCUGCUGCUGGCUUCCAAGCAUUUCCAGAACUCGUACAGCAAUGAGGAUCAGAUCGCCCACACCGACCCCGGUUCCGUUAUCGCCCUUCCCGACAACAUCCUCCCAUCCUUUCAGGACUGGGCGACGACGGGAACGUCCCAGAUUCAUGUCGUCGGACAACGCCAGUCAUCGACUCCUACCGGCUCUGUUGCCAUCGUCUCGGCCACGUACGCGGGCUUCGCUCGACAGGCCGGCUUACCCGUCAUCUCCCACUUCUGCUCCCUUCCGAGUCAGUGCGGGGAAGGGAAGUCCCCAUUCGAGGCGGGUCUGAUCGCUCUGGCAUACAGCCUCCUUCGACAGUUGUUCGAGCACGUCCCGCCCUUGCUGGACUGCGAUGUGGAGAGUCAAAUCAAGGCUGACCGUCUGGACAUGCUCCGAGGCACGUUAGCUUCCUGGAAGGAGCUUCUCUCCGCGAUAGAUACGGUGUUGCAUUUCAUGCCACCGCUGCUGAUCUGCGUGAUCGACGGUCUGGACGUGCUUCAUGACCCGUCGUCGACCGACCAGCAUAUCCGGUCUCUGCUCCGGAUUCUCUUCCGACACGCGAGGUAUCCACCGGUCAUUCCGAUGUACGAUGGGACCCAAAAGAGCGUGCUAUUCAAGGGGUUGAUCACGGUCUCUGGUCAACCUGGCUGGUUGAUGGAAUCGCUGGCCGAGAACCAGGCGGUCCCGGACGACUUCAAAGCAGCCAACCAGCAGGUCAAGCUAGACCGGGUUAUGGCCUCGGAUACAUGGGCUGUCACGAUGAGUACAUGA